GGCCGCUCUCACUGUAUCGUGUAGGAUUUUUUUUAUUUCCUCCAGCAUAGCAGAUAAAUAACCAUAACAUUAUUUAUUGUAGAGCCUCAGACAUAGAGGGAGAGAGACGGGGUAGUUCUUAACGCCGCCUGUCUUCAACGAGGUUCAGGUUGGAAAGGUGACUGAAAAUAUUUAAAGUUUAUCUAGCUACUGGUGUUUGUAGGGGGAGGGCUUCAUUGUUAAUUGAACAGACAAGACAAGCAUGCUUCGAUAGCAGACCAGAAAGCGGUAUUUUGCGUGUAUAAAGUUGCUUUUGAGUUGUAUUGGUUGGUUGAACCUUUGUUUAAGCUAAUUGUGGCAUCUUCUGAAUACAAAUCAGACGUUCGCCUCUUGUCUGGUAUAGCCCUCGCAGUUUUCGGGCCUGCUUCACCCGGUAACUAGCUAAUGUUAGCAUUGUAGCAAACUAACGAGCCAUCUUUAUCGUCCUACAGCGCUGAAGUUGCCUCUUGAUUUGCUUAUCUGGCUACCUACGACAUUGUUCUACUGUAAACUGAGUCCCCCACUUUUAAUAUGAAAGUAUUGUGUUAAAGGCAGCUAUGAUCACGUUCGCUAACUUGCUAGUUAGUAUGUAAUAAUCUCUGACUGACUGUUAUUGACCUGCAUGAAGUUUACUCUUCUUGAGAUAUGGCGGAUGCCCUCGCUACAUGCAUGUCUCUUAUUACGAACUUCAUUUAGCAGUAUGCAAUCAGACAACUAACUAAAGUUAGCACUCUUUGACGUCUUCUAUCGAGAAAUGGAUAGCAGGCAGUAGUCAAAUGACACCCGAUAAUGAUCUUUUCAAUCAAAUCACAUUUUAUUGGUCGCAUACACAUAUAUGGAACAAAAAUGUAAACGCAACAAUUAACGAUUUUACUGAGUUAUAGUUCAUAAAUUCAUUAGGCCCUAAUCUAUGGAUUUCACAUGACUGGGCAGGGGCACAGCCAUGGUUGGGCUUGGGAGGGCAUAGGCCCACCCACUUGGGAGCUAGUCCCUUAAAUCAGAAUGAGUUUAUCCUCACAAAAGGGCUUAAUUACAAACAUAAAUAUUCCUCCGUUUCAUCAGCUGUCCGGGUGGUUGGUCUCAGACAAUCCCACAGGUAAAGAAGCUAGAUGUGGAGGUCCUGGGCUGGCGUGGUUACAUGUGGUCUGCGGUUGUGAGGCCGGUUGGACGUACUGCCCAAUUCUCUAAAAUGAUGUUGGAGGAGUCUUAUGGUAGAGAAAUUAUCAUUCAAUUCUCUGGCAAAAGCUCUGGUGGACAUUCCUGCAGUCAGCAUGCCAAUUGCACGCUCCCUCAAAACUUGAGACAUCUUUGGCAUUGUGUUGUGUGACAAAACUGCACAUUUUAGAGUGGUCUUUUAUUGUCCCCAGCACAAGGUGCACCUGUUUAAUGAUCAUGCUGUUUAAUCAGCUUCUUGAUACGCCACAUCCGUCAGGCGGAUGGAUUAUCUUGGCAAAGGAGAAAUGCUCACUAACAGGGAUGUAAACAAAUUUGUGUGCAAAAUUUGAGAGAAAUAUGGAACAUUUCUGGGAUCUUUUAUUGCAGCUCAUGAAAUAUGGGACCAACACUUUACAUUUUGCAUUUAUAUUUUUGCUCAGUAUAUUUAUCAGAUCUUAUUGCGGGUGUAUCGAAAUGUUUGUGUUCCUAGCUACAACAGUGCAGUAAUAUCUAUAAAUACACAACAAUACACACUCGUCUAAAAAGUAAAAUAAUGGAAUUUAGAAAUAUUAGGACACGCAAUGUCAGAGUCCGGAGUACGUGUGUUGAUGGGAUGUAUAGACAUUAUGUAUAGUAUAUGCAUAGAAAAUGUAGUGUAUCUGAAGAAUAGUAUAUAUACAGCAGUAGUUAUACAGUGCAUUCGGAAAGUAUUCAGACCACUUCCCAUUUUCCACAUUUUGUUACGUUACAGCCUUAUUCUAAAAUGGAUUUUAAAAAAGUAAUCCUCAUCACUCUACACACAAUACCCCAUAAUGACAAAGCGAAAACAGGUUUUUAGAAAUGUUUGCUAAUUUAUAAUAAUAAAAAAACAUAUUUACAUAAGUAUUCAGACCCUUUGCUAUGAGACUUGAAAUUGAGCUCAGUUGCAUCCUGUUUCCAUUGAUCAUCCUUGAGAUGUUUAAUCAAUUGAUUGGACAUGAUUUGGAAAGGCACACACCUGUCUAUAUAAAGACGGUGCAUGUCAGAGCAAAAACCAAGCCAUGAGGUCGACGGAAUUGUCCGUAGAGCUACGUAACAGGAUUGUGUCGAGGCACAGACCUGGGGAAGGGUACCAAAAAAAUUCUGCACCAUUGAAGGUCCCCAAUAACACAGUGGCCUCCAUCAUUCUUAAAUGGAAGACGUUUGGAACCACCCAGACUCUUCCUAGAGCUGGCUGCCCGGCUAAACGAAGCAAUUGGGGGAUAAGGGCCUUGGUCAGGGAGGUGACCAAGAACCUGAUGGUCACUCUGACAGAGCUCCAGAGGUCCUCUGUGGAGAUGGAAGAACCUUCCAGAAGGACAACCAUCUCUGCAGCACUCCACCAAUCAGGCCUUUAUGGUAGAGUGGCAAGGCAGAAGCCACUCCUCAGUAAAAGGCACAUGACAGCCCGCUUGGAGGACUCUCAGACCUUGAGAAACAACAUUAUUUGGUCUGAUGAAACCAAGAUUGAACUCUUUGGCCUGAAUGCCAAGCGUCACGUCUGGAAGAAACCGGGCAACAUCCCUACGGUGAAGCAUGGUGGUGGCAGCAUCAUGCUGUGGGGAUGUUUUGCAGGGAAUGGGAGACUAGUCGGGAUCGAGGGAAAGAUGAACCAAGGAAAGUACAGCUCCAGAGCGCUCAGACUGGGGCGACGGUUCACCUUCCAACAGGACAACGACCCUAAGCACCCAGCCAAGACAACGCAGGAGUGGCUUCGGGACAUGUCUCUGAAUGUCCUUGAGUGGCCCAGCCAGAGCCCAGACUUGAACCCAAUCGAACAUCUCUGGAGAGACCUGAAAAUAGCUGUGCAGCGACGCUCCCCAUCCAACCUGACAGGGCUUGAGAAGAUCUACAGAGAAGAAUGGGAGAAACUCCCCAAAUACAGGUGUGCCAAGCUUGUAGCGUCAUACCCAAGAAGACUCGAGGCUGUAAUCGCUGCCAAAGGUGCUUCAACAAAGUACUGAGUAAAAAGUCUGAAUACUUAUGUAAAUGUGAUAUUUCAGUAUAAUAAAAAAAGAUUGUUUAGCAAAAAUUUAUAAAAAACAGUUUUUGCGUUGUCAUUAUGGGGUAUUGUGUGUAGAUUGAUGAGGGAAAGAAAACAAUUUAAUCCAUUUUAGAAUAAGGCUGUAACGUAACAAAGUGGAAGAAGUCAAGGGGUCUGCAUACUUUCCGAAUGCACUGUAUAGGAUAGGCCUUGACUAGAAUACAGUAUAUACAUCUAAUUUUAUUGGUCGCAUACACAUAUUUAGCAGAUGUUAUUGCAGGUGUAGCGAAAUGCUUGUGUUCCUAGCUCCAACAGUGCAGGAGUAUCUAACAAUUCACAACAAUACACACGAAUCUAAAAGUAAAAGAAUGGAAUUAAGAAAUAUAUAAAUAUUAAGUAGAGCAAUGUCAGAGUGACAUUGACUAAAAUACAGUAGAAUAUAAUACAGUAUAUACAGUUGAAGUCGGACGUUUACAUACACUUAGGUUGGAGUCCAUUAAAACUCGUUUUUCAACCACUCCACAAAUUUCUUGUUAACAAACUAUAGUUUUUGUAAGUCGGUUAGGACAUCUACUUUGUGCAUGACACAAGUAAUUUUUCCAACAAUUGUUUACAUACAUAUGUCAUGGCUAUAUCCACAGUAAAACGAGUCCUAUAUCGACAUAACCUGAAAGGCCGUUCAGCAAGGAAGAAGCCACUGCUCCAAAACCGCCAUAAAAAAGCCAGACUACGGUUUGCAACUGCACAUGGGGACAAAGAUCGUACAUUUUGGAGAAAUGUUCUCUGGUCUAAUGAAACAAAAAUAUAACUGUUUGACCAUCGUUAUGUUUGGAGGAAAAAGGGGGUUACUUGCAAGCCGAAUAAUACCAUCCCAACCGUGAAACACGGGGGUGGCAGCAUCAUGCUGUGGGGGUGCUUUGCUGCAGGAGGGACUGGUGCACUUCACAAAAUAGAUGGCAUCACGAGGAAGGAAAAUUAUGUGGAUAUAUUGAAGCAACAUCUCAAGACAUCAGUCAGGAAGUUAAAGCUUGGUCGUAAAUGGGUCUUCCAAAUGGACAAUGACCACAAGUAUACUUCCAAAGUUGUAGCAAAAUGGCUUAAGGACAACAAAGUCAAGGUAUUGGAGUGGCCUUCACAAAGCCCUAAACUCAAUCCUAUAGAAAAUUUGUGGGCAGAACUGAAAAAGCGUGUGCGAGCAAGGAUGCCUACAAACCUGAUUCAGUUACACCAGCUCUAUCAGGGGGAAUGGGCCAAAAUUCACCCAACUUAUUGUGGGAAGCUUAUGGAAGGCUACCCGAAACGUUUGACCCAAGUUAAACAAUUUAUAGGCAAUGCUACCAAAUACUAAUUGAGUGUAUGUAAACUUCUGACCCACUGGGAAUGUGAUGAAAGAAAUAAAAGCUGAAAUAAAUCACUCUACUAUUAUUCUCACAUUUCACAUUCUUAAAAUAAAGUGGUGAUCCUAACUGACCUAAAACAGGGACUUUUUACUAGGAUUAAAUAUCAGGAAUUGUGAAAAACUGAGUUUAAAUGUAUUUGGCUAAGGUGUAUGUAAACUUCUGACUUUAACUGUACAUAUGAAAGGAGUAAAGCAGUAUGUGAACAUUAUUAAAGUAACUAGUGUUCCAUUAUUCAAGUGACCAGUGAUUCCAUGUCUAUGUACAUAGGGCAGCAGCCUCCAAGGUGCAGGGUUGAGUAACUGUGUGGAAGCCGGCUAGUGAUGGCUAUUUAACAGUCUGAUGGCUUUGAGAUAGAAGCUGUUUUUCAGUCUCUCGGUCCCAGUUUUGAUGCACCUGUACUGACCUCGCCUUCUGGAUGAUAGCGGGGUGAACAGGCUGUGGUUGAUGUCUUUGAUGAUCUUUUUGGCCUUCCUGUGACAUCGGGUGCUGUAGGUGUCCUGGAGGGCAGGCAGUGUGCCCCUGGUGAUGCGUUGGGAAGACCGCACCACCCUCUGGAGAGCCCUGAGGCUGCGAGCGGUGCAGUUGCCGUACCAGGCAGUGAUACAGCCCAACAGGAUGCUCUCAAUUGUGCAUCUGUAAAAGUUUGUAAGGGUCUUAGGGGCCAAGCCAAAUUCACCACACUGUCUGUGUGGGUGGACCAUUUCAUAUUGUCAGUGAUGUGUACGUCAAGGAACUUGAAGCUUUUCACCUUCUGCACUGUGGUCCCGUUGAUGUGGAUAGGGGCGUGCUCCCUCUGCUGUUUCCUGAAGUCCACGAUCAGCUCCUUCGUUUUGUCGAGGGAGAGUUAUUUUCCUGGCACCACUCCGCCAGGGUCCUCACCUCCUCCCUGUAGGCUGUCUCGUCAUUGUUGGUAAUCAGGCCUACUACUGUUGUGUCGUCUGCAAACUUGAUGAUUGAGUUGGAGGCGUGCAUGGCCACGCAGUCAGGGGUGAACAGGGAGUACAGGAGGGGGCUGAGCACGCACCCUUGUGGGGCCCCUGUGUUGAGGAUCAGCGAAGUGGAGGUAUUGUUUCCUACCUUCACCACCUGGGGCCUCCCCGUCAGGAAGUCCAGGACCCAGUUGCACAGGGCGGGGUUCAGACCCAGGGCCUCGAGCUUAAUGAUGAGCUUGGAGGGUACUAUGGUGUUGAAGGCUGAGCUAUAGUCAAUGAACAGCAUUCUUACAUAGGUGUUCCUCUUGUCCAGAUGGGAUAGGGCAGUGCGAUGGCGAUUGCAUCGUCUGUGGAUCUAUUGGGGCGGUAUGCAAACUGAAGUGGGUCUAGGGUGUCAGGUAAGGUAGAGGUAAUAUGAUCCUUAACUAGCCUCUCAAAACCCUUCAUGUUGACAGAAGUUAAUGCCACGGGGUGAUAGUCAUUUAUUUCAGUUACCUUUGCUUUCUUGGGUACAGGAACAAUGGUGGACAUCUUGAAGAAAGUUGGCACAGCAGACUGGGAUAGGGAGAGAUUGAAUAUGUCCGUAAACACUCCAGCCAGCUGGUCUGCGCAUGCUCUGAGGAUGCGGCUCGGGAUGCCAUUUGGGCCAGCAGCAUUGCAAGGGUUAACACGCUUAAAUGUCUUACCCACGUCGGACACGGUGAACGAGAGCCCACAGUCCUUGGGAGCGGGCGACGUCGGUGGCACUGUGUUAUCGUCAAAGCGGGUGAAGAAGGUGUUUAGCUUGUCCGGGAGCAAGACGUUGGUGUCCGCAACGUGGCUGGUUUUCCCUUUGUAAUCCGUGAUUGUCUGGAGUCCCUGCCACAUACGUCUGUUAUCUGAGCCGUUGAAUUGCUACUCCACUUUGUCUCUGUACUGACGUUUUUCCUGUUUUAUUGCCUUACGAAGGGCAUGACUGUUUGUAAUCAACCAUAUUCCAAGUCACCUUGCCAUGGUUAAAUGCGGUGGUCCGCGCUUUGUUUAUUUUGGCAGUUACCUGUAUAUUGCCUAGAGACAUUGUCUUUGUGUAUUAAACCAAUUUAAUCUAAUUUAAUAACAGACAAUUCUAUGUUUUAGUGGAUCAUUCCCCAAUGGACACCCCUGAGAGCCCCACCCAGUCCCCUGAGAGCCCCACCCAGUCACCCCAGUCCCCAGAGGAAGAGAAGGGCAUUUCUGACAGCGAGUUCCUGGCAUCCCCCGAGGAGGAGGACAGGCUGCUCUCUGACAGUGAGCUGCUGAAUGAUGAAGACAACGGCGGGUUAGAUGAAGAGGGUGGUGAAGGUGGGGACUCUGAGCUGGAUGAUGACGAAGAUGAGGGGGUAGUUCAGGAGUGUAUCUCUGACCCAGAGGAUGAUGAGGUAGAUGGGGAAGGUAGAAGGGAUACUAUUCUAGAACAGGAGCAGGAAGAGUCCGUGGGGAUGGUGAUGAUGGGACAGGAACGACAGGUAAGCCAAUCAGAUGAGGAGGAGGACCGGGUCAGUCAAACUCCUAAGUCCCCUGAUUCUGAGCCAGAGCAGGAGAGGUCAUCCCCCUUAGCUGAGGAGGAGAUGUCCAGACAUGAGAAUGAAGACGAGGGAGGGGAACUGUCUGUGAAGCUGGCAGAAGUAGAUGAUGAAGAGGAGGAAGAGAGACGGAGGAGGAGGAGAGUGGUGGUGAAUGAGAUGAAGGAGGAGUUGUCGUCUGUGUCCAGAGAGCUUGAUGAGCAUGAGUUGGACUAUGACGAGGAGGUUCCUGAGGAGCCCAAUGUUCUAGCGCCUGAUGAAGAUGACGAGGUGGAGAAAGGACCCGGAGAAGAGGAUGAGAAAGAGGACAAGAGCAUCAAAAAGAAAGAGAAGAUACCAAUCCUUCCUCCAUCCCCGAAAGACGGUCCACCUAAGAAGCCUGAAGAGUCCAGGGCUCAGGACAGAGGAAGGAGAGAUUCCUUUCGUGACAAAAAGGACGAGGAUGAUGGCGAGAUUGAUGAGGGUGAAAUAGAUGUAAGUAAUGUAAAUGUAAUUUAUAUGCUCUCUUCAAUCUGCAUUGUAAUUGUAAUCAAGAGUGAUUUGUUGGAGGAUGCAGGGCUACUCACACUCUGAGAUGUGGAGGGAAGCAAAACAGGGGAACAGAUCAAGUACAGGACUGCAAAGUCAGAACUGGGGCUGUUGCGGUGAUCGUAUUACCGUCACACCGGCAGUCAUGAGUCAUGACUGCAGUCAAAUUUCACGUGACUGUUGAGUCACGGUAAUCUCCUAUGCACUCUGUACAUGAAUGGCACCGAUGCGUUGGGAGUACCCAACUCCCUAACGACCGUCAGGUCGCCAAUGGCCUGGUACGCAGUGCGCUAUUGUCCCUCUAAUCCAUCGUUUCCCAAACUCGGUCCUAGGGACCCCAAGGGGUGCACAUUUUGGUUGAUGAUUUGUUGAUUAUUUGAAUCAGCUGUGUAGUGCUAGGGCAAAAAACAAAACGUGCACCCCUUGGGGUUCCGAGGACCGAAUUUGAGGAACCCUGCACUAAUCUCUCUGACAUCAAUGCAAAUGCAAUCAUAAAUCACAUCAAACACUUAUCAUCAAAACAGUAUCAUGCUUUUAAAACUCACCGUUAGGAUACAUUGUUUGACAUCACUCACUGUGAUUGAUCAAUUUGAAGAAAAAAGUUCAAAAACAAGUUGAAACUGAGUGAAAAGCCAAACACAAGGAAAUGGACAGCAUUUGACGUCGCAUGUUGAACACCCAUACACAUAUUAGAGCUUAUGCAUACGCAGAGGCCUUUAUAUGAUCAUCCCAAGCCUGAAAUAAAGCCUGAAUUAAUAUAAUGAUUGUGCCAUUAUACAAUACAUAGCCUAAUAGCCUACCGCAUAUUCUUUGGUACAUAGGCUAAUUGGUCUAGCCUAUACUUCAAAAUUAAACAUACUCUAGUAAUCAUCUUUGAGCGUGGACUGUAUUAUUAUGCGUACUGGAUGGACUGGUUACCGUAUGCUACGCUCCAAACUUUCUAUUCAUGAUUCUGGGAGAGAACGGAUAGGACUAGGCAAUGCUGUUGGUUCAUUGAUUGUGCAGGGCGGCUACAGAGUAGGCUAGUUAGCCUACAAUUAUAGUGAAUUUUGAAUAGCCUAGUAAUAGGGAUUAUAUUUAUUUUCAUAAUUAAUAGGCUGACACGUUUAACUUUAGCUACAUGAUAUCUCACCACCAUGUGUUUCCAUCUCCUCCUCUCUCUCUCCUUCAUUCCUUUUUCGAGCGCAUAGUGAGAAAUAUGUUUAAUUGUGUAAACAUGUUACUAUCUGUGUUCCUGAACAGAUUUCACUUGAUUUCCCAAAUUAAGCACUGGGUAGCUGCGGGAAGAGGGUUGGAGAGCACUUGACAUACAGAGUUUGUGUAGAAUAUCACCUGCUCCUCAAACAGCCCAGACAUUUCUAUAUGCAAUCCACAGGAGGUUGGUGACACCAUAAAUUGGGAGAACUGGCUCGUGGUAAUGACUGGCGCGGAAUCAGUCGAAUGGUAUCAAAUUCCAUUUGCUCCGUUCCGGACAUUAUUAUGAGCCGUUCUCCCCUCAGCAGCCUCUAAUGAUGCAAUACUGUGUAAAAGCAGAGUUUUGAUGAUUGCCACUAAAAAGAGGAUUCCAGCUUUCUACUGCUACUAUAUUUAUUUUUCAGCUGCUAAUAUUAAGCACAUUGCUCCGCUGUAAAACCAAAGUAGCCUACCUGGCAUGAUUUGAAAAAGGAAAUGCAGUAAAACGCAGCCUCCAUGUGCUAUUCGAGUACAUACGGAUUACGUCAUUCUAAAUCGAAACUCAUUUCACAUAUUAUUAAAGACAAGAUUAUAUUGAGAAUAAUCUGAUGGGUGAGAAUAUUAUCACUUGAUGAGAGAACAGUGUGUGCAGCCUGAGGCAAGGAACAGAGCGCAAGCUUUUUUUGUGACUUUCUCAAAUCAUCAAUAUAGUCACAUCAUGCAGCCCUUAUAUGUUUGGAUUUCUAAGACAUUCUAAGGUUUGUAUCAUUCACAGCUAAAGUUGCAAAAAAUAUAUACUUUUUAAAGGCGCCCAUCAGUGGCUUGUAUGCGUUAAGGCCUGGAGAUGCUAAACGUGUUUAUGGUAAUUAAUGGUAAAUUACAGUGAGACUGGCAGUCAUUUGCAUGACAGUUACCGGCUGACAAAAUGUCAUGACCGCCACAGCCCUAGUCAGAACCAUGUAGCAAUACAAAUAACCUGCUUUGCAACACAAAUUGCACCCUGUCCCAGUGACUUGGGGUUACAGCAGUGUCAUAAGGUUACUUCAGUGAUGCACAUGGGUAAGUGGGUUGAUAUUUAGCCAGAGUUCUGUUCCAUUUGUGCAGGAUGAUGACCUGGAGGAGGGAGAGGUGAAGGACCCCAUGGACAGGAAGGUCAGACCCAGGCCCAUCUGCAGGUUCUUCAUGAAAGGUACCUCAACGUACUCUCCUGUGCACCACUCGCGUGUACAACACCUGUCUUAUGACGAAACUACACUGUGCAAACAUUGCGUGUGCAACUUGAGCAUUCCAUUCUACACCAGAGACGUAUCAUGAAGGUAAAACUGAAGGUAAAAACGUGAGCCACUUUAUCAGCAACACAAGCCUUGCGUUUUGUUGCUUCACUGAUGUUCUGCUUCUGUGGCCUGUGUAGCGUUUCUCUUCAAUGUAAUGGUCCUUUUGAAGCAGUGAUAUUGAAGACACUGGUUUCAGACAGCAGGGGGACGCAUUGUACUUCAUAACUUAAAUGAAGAUAAUGUGGUAAUGGAUAUUAUUAGGAGCUAAACAACAUACAGCGCUGAUGGAUGUCAAUUUACACCUAACCACAAUUUACUUCAAAGUAUUUGAAUUCAAUGAAAAUAUGCUUUUUCCCAUUCCCAUGUAUCUAAUCUCAAAAUGAUACCAACAGCUCUGUUUUUAUUUUCCAGGUAACUGCACAUGGGGUAUGAAUUGUAGGUUCAUCCAUCCAGGUGUCAACGACAAGGGCAACUACUCUCUCAUCUCCAAGCCAGACCCCUUCUCUCCCAACGGGGUACCACCUGGAGCACCCCACCCUCUCAUUCCUGGAAGUAACCCCUGGGUAUGCACCACCCAUAGCCUGCUGCAUGGCUGUAUUUGGACCUGAAGAGUGUGUGUGUGUUAGUUACUGCAUUGGGUAAAUGCAUUGUGUUUACAUUUGUUUCCCUGUCUCAGGGUGGACCUGCUGUUGAGGAGCUCCCUCCACCCCCUCCUCCAGUGGAGCCUCCUGUGGAGAGUGCCUGGGAGAGGGGUCUGAGACAUGCCAAAGAGGUACAACACACUCUCAGCUCUCACAAGCAUACAUGUACUCCUCUUCUGUACAGGUUAUGUUUCAGCACCAACUGAUUUCGAGUCAGGUGAUUUUUUUUAUUUGCAUGUUUUCUGAGAGGUUCCCCUGCUACAUUUGGCUUGUGAAGCCUCUUUAUAAUAAUACAAGUGUGCGUGUGUGUUUUAGCCUCUAUGGGGUUGUUCAGUCAGCAGGUUAUGAUGAAUUCCCAGACUUUCCUCAUGUAAAUGUUGCCCUAUUCCUUUAGGUUUUGAAAAAAGCAACCAUACGCAAAGAGCAGGAGCCAGACUUUGAGGAGAAGCGCUUUAAUGUGACCAUUGGAGAGGAUGAGAGAGACUUUGACAAAGAGAACGAUUUCUUUAGGGAACGCAGCUACCACAUCACCAGAGAAAUCAGAGACCCAGGGUAAGCUCAGGAGCUAUGGUCAAAAGAGAGACAUAACGUCAGGGCAAAGUAUCUUGCCAUGGUGGAUGUUUUAAAUAAUGUUUUUAGACUACGUGUCUGUUUUAAAACAUUUCUGGCCUUUUCUUCCCCCGUAGUGACGUGGAGUUCAGAGACCCAGUCUAUCUGUAAGUACAAUGGAGGGGAGGUAGCGGCAUCCUCUUUUCAUGCAGCUCUUAUCUCUACGUUCACUUCACCAAACAACCCGGCAUCAACCACAUAUGGCCCUCUCAUCCCAAAACCUUUUUUCCCUGCUUGAUUAUCAGCUGCUGCUCUGCUGUGAGAAAACAGCUGGUCAGUUAUAAUGAUCAGGCCACUCCACUAGGCCUUAUGGUGCAUUUGUCACUACAUGUCUAAUAAUUGGUUUGUUCAAAUAAAAGAAACCCUAAAUUAUAUAGAGGGUGUAUAUAGCUGCACAGCAAUAUGAAACAAAGCUCUUCUUUUCUAUUUAUCUCUAUCAUACGAUUUGUCCUCGUUUCAGUAACGACCCUUAUGCUGAUCCCUACUAUGACUAUGAGAUGGAGGCCUUCUGGAGAGGGGGACAGUAUGAGAACUUCAGAGUGCAGUACACAGAGACCCCUCUGCCCUACCACUACAGUGUAAGUACACUCAGAGAGAUAUCCACCACCCAAGGACUACACACCUUUCAAACACAAAUACACAAUCGAUAUUAACUUUAUUUCAGAUUUGAGUUUUACUUGUAGGCCUUUUGGUUAAAGAGAAUCUUGAAUGCGCCAUUGAAGCAUAAAGCAGGUUGAGCCUUGCUGGAGGGCUAUGACAGUGUGUUUACAAACCCACCUGUAUGAAUGUUAGGAGCGUGAACGUGAGCGGGACCCACGAGAGCACCAUCGUGACCGCGAGCGGGACCACCGCGAGCGAGAACGCCGGCAGAGAGAACGCGAGAGGGAAAGAGAGAGGGAGCGAGAGAAGGAGAGGAUGCGCAGAAAGGAGGAGUGGGAGAGGGAUCGCAUGAAGCGUGAUGAGAAGGAGAGGCCCAUCAGGGAGCGGCCUCCACGGGAACCUCGGGAGAAGGAAGGGGAGGACAAGCAGCCGAAAGGUCCCCCCAGGUCCCCCACCGGUACCAACAUGCCCCCCAAGUGAGUAGCAUGUCCUUUAUUACAGGUGUCAUGUCCUCUAGACCAGGGUUUCCCAAACUUGGUCCUGGAGCCCCCCCUGGGUGCACGUUUUGGUUUUUGUCCUAGCACUACACACUACGAAGAGUGUGCAAAGCUGUCAUCAAGGCAAAGGGUGGCUUCCUUGAAGAAUAUAAAAUAUGUUUUGAUUUGUUUAACACUUUUUUGGGUACUACAUGAUUCCAUAUGUGUUAUUUCAUAGUUGUGAAUUCUUCACUAUUAUUCUACAAUGUAGAAAAUAGUAAAAAUAAAGAAACUCUGGAAUGAGUAGGUGUGUCCAAACUUUUGACUGGUACUGUGUGUAUAUAUAUAUAUAUAUAUACAGUAUAUACAGUGUAUAUAUAUAUAUAUAUAUAUACAUACAGUGCCUUUGGAAAGUAUUCAGACCCCUUGAUUUUUUCCACAUUUUGUUACAUUACAGCCUUAUUCUAAAAUUGAUUAAAAUUAAACAAAUCCUCAGCAAUCUACACACAAUACCCCAUAAUGACAAAGCGAAUUUUUGCAAAUGCAUAAUAAAAAAUUAAAACGUAUUUACAUUAUUAUUCAGACCCUUUGCUAUGAGACUCGAAAUUGAGCUCCGGUGCAUCCUGUUUCCAUUAAUCAUCCUUAAGAUGUUUUUACAACUUGAUUGGAGUCCACCUGUGGUAAAUUAAAUUGAUUGGACACGAUUUGGAAAGGCACGCCUGUCUAUAUAAAGGUCCCACAGUUGACAGUGCAUGUUAGAGCAAAACCAAGCCAUGAGGUCGAAGGAAUUGUCCGUAGUGACAGGAUUGUGUCGAGGCACAGAUCUGGGGAAGGGUACCAAAAAAUGUCUGAAGCAUUGAAGGUCCAGAAGAACACAGUGGCCUUCAUCAUUCUUAAAUGGAAGAAGUUUGGAACCACCAAGACUCUUCCUAAAGCUGGCCGCCUGGCCAAACUGAGAAAUCGGGGGAGAAGGGCCUUGGUCAGGGAGGUGACCAAGAACCCGAUGGUCACUCUGACAGAGUUCCUCUGUGGAGAUGGAAGAACCUUCCAGAAGGACAACUAGCACUCCACCAGUCAGCACUCCACCGAUCAGGCCUUUGUGGUAGAGUGGCCAGACGGAAGCCACUCCUCAGUAAAAGGCACAUGACAGUCCGCUUGGAGUUUGCCAAAAGGCACCUAAAGGACUCUCAGACCACGAGAAACAAGAUUCCCUGAAUGCUAAGCAUCACGUUUGGAGGAAACCUGGCACCAUCCCUACGGUGAAACAUUGUGAUUGCAGCAUCAUGCUGUGGGGAUGUUUUUCAGCGGCAGGGACUGGGAGACUAGUCAGGAUCGAGGGAAAGAUGAAAGGAGCAAAGUACAGAGAGAUCCUUGAUGAAAGAACCUCAGACUGGGGUGAAGGACAAUGACCCUAAGCACACAGCCAAGACGAUGCAGGAGUGACUUUGGGGCAAGUCUCUGAAUGUCCUUGAGUGGCCCAGCCAGAGCCUGGACUUGAACCCGAUCAAACAUCUCUGGAGAGACCUGAAAAUAGCUGUGCAGUGACACUCCCCAUCCAACCUGAGAGAGCUUGAGAGGAUCUGCAGAGAAGAAUGGGAGAAACUCCCCAAAUACAGGUGUGCCAAGCUUGUAGCGUCAUACCCAAGAAGACUCAAGGCUGUAAUUGCUGCUACAGGUGCUUCAACAAAGUACUGAGUAAAGGGUAUGAAUACUUAUAUAAAUGUCAUAUUUCAGUUUAUUUUUAAUAGAUUUGCAAAAAUGUCUAAAAACCUGUGUUUGCUUUGUCAUUAUGGGGUAUUGUGUGUGGAAUGAUGAGGAAAUAACUAUUUAAUCCAUUUUAGAAUAAGGCUAUAACUUAACAAAAUGUGGAAAAAGUGAAGGUCUGAAUACUUUCCGAAUGCACUGUAUAUUAGGAUGAGUUGUCGAGAAUACAGUAUAUACAUAUACAGUGAGUAAACAACAGUAUAUAAACAGAAUAUGAGGUGACCAGGAUUCAAUGACUAUAUAUACAGUUGAAGUCGGAAGUUUACAUACACUUAGGUUGGAGUCAUUAAAACACGUUUUUCAACCACUCCACACAUUUCUUCGUUAACAAACUAUAGUUUUGGCAAGUCGGUUAGGACAUCUACUUUGUGCAUGACACAAGUAAUUUUUCCAACAAUUGUUUAUAGACAGAUUAUUUCACUUAUAAUUUACUGUAUCACAAUUCCAGUGGGUCAGAAGUUGACUGUGCCUUUAAACAGCUUGGAAUAUUCCUGGCUUUAGAAGCUUCUGAUAGGCUAAUUGACAUCAUUUGAGUCAAUUGGCGGUGUACCUGUGGAUGUAUUUCAAGGCCUACCUUCAAACUCAGUGCCUCUUUGCUUGACAUCAUGGGAAAAUCAAAAGAAAUCAGCCAAGACCUCAGAAAAAAAAUUGGUUCAUCCCUGGGAGCAAUUUCCAAAUGCCUGAAGGUACCACGUUCAUCUGUACAAACAAUAGUACGCAAGUAUAAACACCAUGGGACCACGCAGCCGUCAUACCGCUCAGGAAGGAGACGCGUUCUGUCUCCUAGAGAUGAACGUACUUUGGUGCGAAAAGUGCAAAUUAAUCCCAGAACAACAGCAAAGGACCUUGUGAAGAUGCUGGAGGAAACAGGUACAAAAGUAUCUAUAUCCACAGUAAAACUAGUCCUAUAUCGACAUAACUUGAAAGGCCGCUCAGCAAGGAAGAAGCCACUGCUCCAAAACCGCCAUAAAAAAGCCAGACUACGGUUUGCAACUGCAAAUGGGGACAAAGAUCGUACUUUUUGGAGAAAUGUCCUCUGGUCUGAUGAAACAAAAAUAGAACUGUUUGGCCAUAAUGACCAUCGUUAUGUUUGGAGGAAAAAGGGGGUGCCUUGCAAGCCGAAGAACACCAUCCCAACCGUGAAGCACGGGGGUGGCAGCAUCAUGCUGUGGGGGUGCUUUGCUGCAGGAGGGACUGGUGCACUUCACAAAAUAGAUGGCAUCAUGAGGAAGGAAAAUUAUGUGGAUAUAUUGAAGCAACAUCUCAAGACAUCAGUCAGGAAGUUAAAGCUUGGUCGCAAAUGGGUCAGCUAUUGCAAAAACUUGAGACAGCUAAUGCAUUGUGUUGUGUAAUAAAACUGCACAUUUUAUUGUCCCCAGCACCUGUGUAAUGAUCAUGCUAUUUAAUCAGUAAACUUUCAAUAGUAAACAUACUAGCAAUAUGCUGGCUACUGUUGAUAGUCUGCAAAAAGAAAGCUACAAAAAGACAUCUAGCAUUCGUUUUGGCUAGCCUACUGUAGCCAUGUCUAUCUAUUUUGGAACGUUUGUCUUAAAGGGGCAGCGUCCUAUUUUCAAAUCUUCUCAAAAUGACAUCUACAGUGCUUUAGAAACAAAAAUGAAUGCAGUUAAUACAAUGCCAUUCUAAAGAAUAGAGCAAUGACUUACAUUGCUAAAUUAUAUUACACAGCUUUUUAAUACAUAUCAUAAUAACCAAAUGUAGCCUAUUAAUAGCUGAAUAUAGAGAAAGCAUGCAAACCUAUAGGGCCUGUUUGACCCCAAUGCAUUUAUGAACUACACCACGAAUUGCAUCAGUAAGAAAUCUGUUCAUUUGGCGCCCUAAUUUGCAGACUGGUAGACUCUUUGGCGAAUAUCUGCAGAUAAAUUAUUAAAACAUUUGAUGAAGAUGUUGAAUCCUCCUCACCGCAGGAACAUGUUUAACACCUGCUUCAAUCAUACCUGUAUUGCAGAUAGCUGAGAAAAUGCCUCUUAAGCACAUGGAGUAGCCAGCCACAUUUGUUUUGCCGAACCAGCUCUAUUUUGGUACAUUCUAAUUCUGGAUUUGUAUUUUUAAACAGCAACUAUCAGGAAAUAACACUGAUCACAUACAGUGUUAGUUUAUCAGCUGUUGUACAAUAUGAUAUAAAACACAGGAAAAACCUAAUUUUGACUGCAUUGGGCCUUUAAAAAAAUGUGUACGAUUCUGCUGACUUCCACAGGCUUCAAGCUUCCUUUUAAAUGUACAGUCCAUUCAGAAAGUAUUCAGACCCCUUGACUUUUUCCACAUUUUGUUACGUUACGAUUAAAUAUUUUUCCCUCAUCAAUCUACACACAAUAACCCAUAAUGACAAAGCAAAAACUGGUUUUGAGAUUUAUUUUUCACAUUUAUAAAAAACCUAAAUAUGACAUUUACAUAAGUAUUCAGACCCUUUACUCAAUACUUUGUUGAAGUACCUUUGGCAGCGAUUACAGCCUUGAGUCUUCUUGGGUAUGACGCUACAAGCUUGCCACACCUGUAUUUGGGGAGUUUCUCCCAUUGUUCUCUGCAGAUCCUCUCAAGCGUUGUCAGGUUGAAUGGGGAGCGUCGCUGCACAGCUAUUUUCAGGUCUCUCCAGAGAUGUUCGAUCGGGUUGAAGUCCGGGCUCUGGCUGGGCCGCUCAAGGACAUUUCAGAGACUUGUCCCGAAACCACUCCUGCGUUGUCUUGGCUGUGUGCUUAGUGUCAUUGUCCUGUUGGAAGGUGAACCUUUGCCACAGUCUGAGGUUCUGGGUGCUCUGGAGCAGGUUUUCAUCAAUCAUCUCUCUGUACUUUGCUCUGUUCAUCUUUCCCUCGAUCCUGACUAGUCUCCCAGAAUCUUGUUUCUGAUGGUCUGAGAGUCCUUUAGGUGCCUUUUGGCAAAGUCCUAGUGGGCUGUCAUGUGAGUUUUACUGAGGAGUGGCUUCCGUCUUGCCACUCUACCAUAAGGCCUGAUUGGUGGAGUGCUGCAGAGAUGGUUGUCCUUCUGGAAGGUUCACCCAUCGCCACAGAGGAACCCUGGAGCUCUGUCAAGAGUGACCAUCGGGUUCUUGGUCACCUCCCUGACCAAGGCCCUUCUCCCCCAAUUGCUCAGUUUGACCGGGUGGCCAGCUCUAGGAAGAGUCUUGGUGGUUCCAAACUUCUUCCAUUUAAGAAUGAUGGAGGCCACUGUGUUAUUGGGGACCUUCAAUGCUGCAGACAUUUUUUGGUACCCUUCCCCAGAUCUGUGCCUCGACACAAUCCUGUCUCGGAGCUUUACGGACAAUUCCUUCAACCUCAUGGCUUGGUUUAUGCUCGACAUGCAUUGUCAACUGUGGGACCUUUAUAUAGACAGGUGUGUGCCUUCCCAAAUCAUGUACAAUCAAUUGAAUUUACCACAUGUGGACUCCAAUCAAGUUGUAAAAACAUCUCAAGGAUGAUCAAUGGAAACAGGAUGCACCUGAGCUCAAUUUCGAGUAUCAUAGCAAAGGGUCUGAAUACUUAUGUAUAUAAGGUAUUUCUGUUUUUCAUUUUUAAUACAUUUGCAAACAUUUCUAAAAACCAGUUUUCGCUUGGUCACACGAAAUAAAAUAAAUGGAUGUGCCAGAAAACAAUAGGCCAAGUGGAUUUCGACUCAUCGUUACAUUAUAUGGGAUGUGCAAAUUCACUCACAUUAUAUGGGGCAUGAAAAUUCAUGCUCUCUCCCUCCAUGUAGAAAUUUGACUGCAACCACAGUGCAUACAACACACUCACCCAGGUAUCGAGAGGCGGGACUGACCUCAGACUGUCAAACCAGCAGUGUUUCCCUGUCAUCGCACACUUUGUGACUGACAGGCACCUGUCCUAUCAAUAGAUCGCUAGAAGAUCCAUAUAGUUUAUUCUAGCGGGAGAGUGCUCUGCAGACUUUUUUCUGACUAGGGAAUUGAAAAGUAGCCUACUUAAUUUAAGUGGAAAUAGUACCAGGCUGAAAAUUACUCUGUAACUGGCAGUUUAGCCAAAAGCCAGAGCUAGUGGAAAACAGUGUACGCUAGUGUCUACUUCAGUGAGGAAGCACAACAGAAAAAUAGCCCUCCUUGGGACCCUGCUUACAUGUCUGAUGUUGGUGCCUUGACGAAGCCCCAAUGGACGGCACCAGUUGCCGAGGGGAGUUAUGUUUCACUAAGGGUAGGCCUAGAUGUCAUGGCUUUCUCUGGUCCUCUGCUGGGAUUCCAGCCAAAGAAGGAGAAGGACUAAAAGGUGCUAAACAGGGAACCCCCAAACAGUGUGGGGGGUUUGUAUAGAUCAGUGUCCAAAUUGAUAUGGCUCACAUAAUGGUCAAUAAUCCUGUGCCAUUCCCACACCUAUUUUUAAUCAUUCUGAUAAACAAACCUUAUUUACUAGCUUUGUCUGAAAGAGCGAAUGUUCAGGUUGGGUAACUCCUAUACUGGAAUUUUCGCCACACACAAGAAGCAACAAAGAACAGUUGGCUUUCUAUUCAAAAGAGGUUAGGCCUACAGUUAGGUUAUACCCAGCCGUACAGGUACUGGAACUGUGAUAUGAUGGUCUAGAUGAGUGCAUAACAUGGCAUCAGCAUAUGGUGUAGUCUAGGCUAUGUGUUUACACAGCAGCAUCAGAUACAUGGCUCUGGGUUUAUUGAGACUUUCUGUUCAAGCGUCUGCCCAAAUAUUUUCCUGAGGAAAUGGGAGAUGAGACAGGAUAUUCCCAGUGUUGAAACAGCUCUGAUCCAUACCUUAAACUCUACAGAGAGGACAGUGAAACAUUGCAUCCCUUUAACCUCCGAUCAAUCAGUGACUGGACUGGUGCCAUCACUGAACAUUAUUUUGACAUCAUAGGAACAGUAUUUUGUGCGGAAUGUUUUGAAUAUGUAAAGAAUGUUUUUUUAGAUAAUCAGAUAAGGUCCGUGACAGCUUGUUGUGCGCUCCUCCAGGAAUGUUGCAACGCAACAUGUUGUGAUUUUAGUGUCUUUGUUUCUCUUACCUGGGAAUAACUGGAGGGAUGUCGUGCCAUACUAUGUCAUAAACUGAUUGGUUCCAGGCACACACAAUGUGGUUCUGCUCGUACCACAUCUCUCCAAACAAAGAACACCUGUCACUGAGUAGUGUGUAAAGGGAGGAAUGAAAACAGUGAAUGGAACCUUUUACUUUUAAUUCAGUCUCAUUCAUUUGUGAUGCUUUAUUGCAAAACGUGUGAUUGAUUUGAUUGCCUCUCUCAACCCCUCUUCCCAGUCGACCGAUGAUGGAGCCGCCUCUCAAAACGGAGCUGAUGCCCAUGUCCAAGCGGCCAGAUGAGUGGAAGGACCCCUGGCGCCGGUCUAAAUCCCCCAGGAGACGUCCGGGCAUGUCCGGGUCACCACCGCGGGGCCGCCGGCGACACCGGCCCUCUGGAUCCUCUGUCUCACUGUCCAACUCCUCUAGGUAGCUUUCAAUUCAGCCUUACCUCUAGUCUGGUACUCUGGUAACACCUUAAAUCAACACUUUCAAACAAUGUUGUUUUUAUUCUGCAGUAUUUAAAUCUACUUGAGUACUAUGUGUUUCUGUGAGGUUAACUGUGGGUUCUGUUCUGCAGGUCUUCGUCCCGCUCUUCCUCCUACACAGGUUCCGGUUCAUCCCGAUCUCGCUCACGCAGCUCGUCUUUCAGCUCAUUCUCCAGCCACUCCUCUCAGCGCAGCUCCUUCAGCGGCAGCUGCUCCAGGUCCAUAACACAAACUCUGCCUGCCUGCCUGUCUGUCCACACACACCCCCACAACACUGUCUGUUGAAUAGGACACUCAUUCACUGAGAGCAUGGUAACCUCAGGUCUCCCAUAAGAUAGCUGACAUGUACCAUGGAUCAGAUAUGACUUAGGGUUGUAUUCAAAGUGGCCUCCUGUUUGUCUCACUGCAGGUCCAGAUCGUUCUCGUCGUCUCCCUCUCCGACCCCUUCAGCACAGAGAAACGCCAAGAAUAAAGCAGAGGCCCCACUGGCCCUAGGGCCCAAAGGGUAAAGCUGUACUCAUCCAUCCAUAGACAUAAUGUAUAUUCAUCAGUUGUGCUGUGCACUUCCAUACACAACUCACACAGAUCAUGUGUAUUUCCUUUCAUGGCUCAAGAGUCAAUAUAGAUACUGAGGCAAUCAAUAUUAAUACUUCAAAGUCUUACAUAAUAAUAGGGUAGUUUGCAUGUAAUGCACAUGCUGCAUUGUUCGUCUUAGACAUGUAGCUAGCAUGCUUCUAGUAUUAGUCUGUAGUCAAUCGCUGUCUCUUGAACAAAGCAUGGGUUUUACCCUCAUGGAUGUGACUUGUGUGAAUGCUGCAUGCCAAACAACAAACCAAUUCCCUAUCAUCUUCAAGCGUCCCGCUGAAACCUGGUGCACCUUCCCCUCCUGGUAGGGAGAAGGCUCCCCCCAAGAAGGCUCCAAGCCCUCUGCCAGGCCAGCCUGGGAAACCCCCCAAACCCACUCCAGAGGGGGGCAAGCCUGGCAACCCCCGCGAGCCCCGUGAGGGAGGCCGACCCAUGCCACCUCAGGAGGGGGGCCGACCCAUGCCACCUCAGGAGGGGGGCCGACCCAUGCCACCUCGGGAGGGGGGGCGACCCAUGCCACCUCGGGAGGGGGGCCGACCCAUGCCACCUCGGGAGGGGGGCCGACCCAUGCCACCUCGGGAGGGGGGCCGACCCAUGCCACCUCGGGAGGGGGGGAGUCGACCCAUGCCACCUCGGGAGGGGGGGAGUCGACCCAUGCCACCUCGGGAGGGGGGGAGUCGACCCAUGCCACCUCGGGAGGGGGGGAGUCGACCCAUGCCACCUCGGGAGGGGGGGAGUCGACCCAUGCCACCUCGGGAGGGGGGGAGUCGACCCAUGCCACCUCGGGAGGGGGGGAGUCGACCCAUGCCACCUCGGGAGGGGGGGAGUCGACCCAUGCCACCUCGGGAGGCGGGGAGUCGACCCAUGCCACCUCGGGAGGCGGGUAGUCGACCCAUGCCACCUCGGGAGGGGGGGAGUCGACCCAUGCCACCUCGGGAGGGGGGGAGUCGACCCAUGCCACCUCGGGAGGGGGGGAGUCGACCCAUGCCACCUCGGGAGAGGGGCCGACCCAUGCCACCUCGGGAGGGGGCCCGACCACCCAUGCCACCUCGGGAGGGGGCCCGACCACCCAUGCCACCUCGGGAGGGGGCCCGACCACCCAUGCCACCUCGGGAGGGGAGCCGACCCAUGCCACCUCGGGAGGGGGGCCGACCCAUGCCACCUCGGGAGGGGGGCCGACCCAUGUCACCUCGGGAGGGGGGCAAACUCCUCAACCUGCGGGAGGGCCGACGGAAGGAGCGGCAGCAGCACAACCCACCCAGGAGGUAGGACAGAAGUACACACUUCUACUGGUCAGAGAUGGCCAUCUGUCUAUCACAAGUUCCUUUGUCACAUUCAACACAGCCAACCUGAAAGCUCAAGGUUAUCCAAUGAUAUACCAAGGUAUAUACCAAAAGGGCUCGACAGGGCCUAGGGAUGUUUUGGAACCCUCCGGGCCAGUCAAUCAUUCAUGUCAGUGGCCCGCCAAUGAAAAAAAUAUUGUAAUAAUGGUAUUUUCAAUCUAGGCUAUGUAAUUGAUUGAAAAAUUACAUUAAUUCCCCAAAGCUGUUAGUUCGUUAUGUACAUUGCUGUGAAAAAGUAUAUGCCCCCUUCCUAAAUGUCUCUACUUUUGUAUAUUUUUGAUACUGAAUGUUACCAGAUCUUCAACCAAAACCUAAUAUUAGAUCAAGGGAACCUGAGUGAACAAAUAACACAAGUUACAUACUUAUUUCAUUUAUUUCGUAAACAAAGUUAUGCAACACCCAAUGCCCCUGUGUGAAAAAGUAAUUGCCCCCUUACACUCAAUAACUGGUUGUGCCACCUUUAGCUGCAAUGACUCCAACUAAAUACUUCCUGUAGUUGUUGAUCACUCUCUCACGUCGCUGUGGAGGAAUUUUGGCCCACUCUUCCAUACAGAACUGCUUUAACUCUGCGACAUUUGUGGUUUUUCAAGCAUGAACUGCUUGUGUCAAGUUCUGGCACAACAUCUGAAUUGGGAUUAGGUCUGGACUUUGACUAGGCCAUUCCAAAAUUUCAAAUGUGUUGCUUUUUAGCCAUUUUCAUGUAGACUUUUGGAUCAUUGUCUUGCUGCAUGACCCAGCUGCGCUUCGGCUUCAGCUCACAGAUGGAUGGCCUGACAUUCUCCUGUAGAAUUCUCUUAUACAGGCAGAAUUCAUGGUUCCUUCUAUUAAGGCAAGUCGUCCAGGUCCUGAGGCUGCAAAACAUCCCCAAACCAUCACACUACCACCACCAUGCUUGACCAUUGGUAUAAGGUUCUUACUGUGGAAUGCAGUGUUUGGUUUUCGCCAGGCAUAAUGAGACCCAUGUCAUCCAAAAAGUUAUACUUUUGACUCUGUCCAUAGAACAUUCUUCCAAGGGUCUUGAUGUUCUUCCAGGUGCCUUUUCUCAAACUUGAUUGACCUUUCUGGAUGAGAUGGGUCCGAUUAUGCCUGGCAAAAACCAAACACUGCAUUCCACAGUAAGAACUUAGGCCCACCCACUGGGGAGUCAGGCCCAGCCUAUCAGAAAGAGUUUUUCCCCACACAAGGGCUUUAUUACACACAGAAAUACUCCUCAGUUUCAUCAGCUGUCCGGGUGUCUGGUCUCAGAAGAUCCCGCAGGUGAAGAAGCCGGAUUUGGAGGUCCUGGGCUGGCAUGGUUACACGUGGUCUGCGGUUGUGAGGCCGGUUGGACGUAAUAACAAAUUCUCUAAAACGACAUUGGAGGUGGCUCAUGGUAGAGAAAUCAACAUUAAAUUCUCUGGCAACAGCUCUGGUGGACAUUCCUGCAGUUAGCGUGCCAAUUGCGCGCUCCCUCAAAAUGUAGACAUCUGUGGAACUCUAAAAUAUGCAGUUUUGUCACACAACACAAUGCCACAGAUGUCUCAUGUUUUGCGGGAGCAUGCAAUUGGCAUGCUGACUGCAGGAAUGUCCACCAGAGCUGUUGCCAGAGAAUGUAAUUUUCAUUUCUCUACCAUAAGCCGCCUCCAACGUCAUUUUAGAAAAUUUGGCAGUACGUCCAACUAGCCUCACAACUGCAGACCACGUGUAUGGCGUCAUGUGGGCGAGCGUUUUGCUGAUGUCAACGUUUUGAACAGAGUGCCCCAUGGUUGCAGUAUGGUAUGGGCAGGCAUAAGCUACGGACAACGAACACAAUUACAUUUUAUCGAUGGCAAUUUGAAAGCACAGAGAUACUGGGACGAGAUCCUAAGGCCCAUUGUCAUGCCAUUCAUCUGCCGCAAUCACCUCAUGUUUCAGCAUGAUAAUGCAGGGCCCCAUUUUGCGAGGAUCUGUACACAAUUCCUGGAAGCUGAAAAUGUCCCAGUUCUUCCAUAGCCUGCAUACUCACCAGAUAUGUCACCCAUUGAGCAUGUUUGGGGUGCGCUGAAUCGCCAUGUACGACAGCAUGUUCCAGUUCCUGCCAAUAUCCAGCAACUUAGCACAGCCAUUGAAGAGGAGUGGGACAACAUUCCACAGGCCACAAUCAACAGCCUGAUCAACUCUAUGCGAAUGAGAUAUGUCGCGCUGCAUGAGGCAAUGGUGGUCUGACUGGUUUUCUGGUAUCUGUGACCAUAAAAUGCAAAUCUGUAUUCCCAGUUGUGAAAUCCAUAGAUUAGGGCCUAAUUAAAUAAUUUCCUUUAUAUGAACUGUAAAUCAUUAAAGUCUUUGAAAUGGUUGCAUGUUCCGUUUCUAUUUUUGUUCAGUAUAAUAGCUUAUUGCGGUGAACUCCAUUGCUGCUCCGCUAGCUAGAGACUUUACCGGGUCUCAUUUUAAUAUUUUGCAAAUCAGGUUGUUUACCUUAUUUUCAGGCUGUGUGACACAGGUAGGCCUAAUACCAGGCGUGUGUGUGUUAUUUUUUUAUUGAACUUGCAUGACCAGAAUCCCACAGCUCACAAAGACACUUUGUAUGGUAGCUAGAUUGGCAUCAGGACGGGCCUUUUCCAUGAGCAUUACUGUGUGUUGGUGGAAGAGCUAUCCUCUGUCUCAGGGUCAGGCGACACAAUGGCUGGGCCUUCAUCGGGAAGAACCCAGGUCUGGUGCUGUAGAAGGGCAGGAAAGGACAGCGCGGGGGCGAGCCACUGGCUGUGGUUUCUCUCCCUGCCUUGGUAGAAUAAACUAGGCUCACACUAUGUGUGUGGCAUGGUGUUCCCUGUGGAAAAUCUCAUGCAAAACCUUUUGGCAAGGGGACCUGCAGCUCUAAAUACAUGUUGUGCUUUCCUGUAAAAUGACUUGACCACACUUUUUGUUUGUCAUUUUGUUCAACAAUGAUUCAUAGUUAAUGGGGGGACAUUUUUACACUUUUGCUUGACUCCUUCUAUUUAGUGGAACAUGAUCCAUUACUUAAAUUCAUACCAUGCAUGCAUACAUUUUGAAUAGGAACUGUAUGAAUGCUUUUCUUUUGAUCUUCACUUUUAGUGGUUAUAUAAUUGAAAGAAUGUGAGAAGUAGUUAGGUACAAAUAUUUGUGCUUUGUUUUAAGUUGAAAUGUCAUUUCAUUUCUGUAGAGUGCUUUGUACCUCCAUGUACAUGGUCACUUGGCACAAGAACAGGCAAAGUGAAGGAAGUACAGUAAUAUAAUUUAUUGAUUUCACAGAUCUCAUGUGGUGUCAAAGAAUGGAACUAUUCACGUAGCGCAGAUUGUAAUAAACAACCACAACCUGGCACUACUCCGUCUGUUCAUGGUUUAACAAAAUAUUGUAUGUUGCUUAGUUUGGCAAGAGCAGUAGGUUAGCUUGAUAACAGGAGUAGGACUUGAAGACAUGCUGUUGUAGGAUGUUUCCUCUCAGGUGAACUUGUAUUGUCAGUCAGUUUGUUAGUCAGUGUUUCUCCUAUAUUUAAAAAAUCUGCCGAGAUGCGCUUUUAAAGGGAUAUGGUGAGAUUUUGGCAAUUUAAGUCAUGAACUCAUGGACACCAAUUAUGUCUCUGUGUGCAGUUUGAAGGAAGUUGCUAACUAGCGUUAGCGCAAUUUCUAACUAGCGUGCUGACUCAAGUCAUUGCGCUAACACUACCUUCAACAGCAGUUCUAUUUCAAUUGGUGUCAACAUUAUUAAAUGUUCAUAUAUUUUGGAGUAGAAUGUCCUUUUAAAAAGUCACGAGAAGUGCCUUCCCACAAUCAUUCUACAACAACACUCCCCCCUCCCCACGCUAACUUUGUCACCGCUGCUUUAAAAAAUCUUAGUGGAAAACACUGUUAGUGGUGUCAUAUGAACACAGAUAUUGUUCCUGCUCUGAGUGAAAUCUCCCUGCAUAUGUGAUACCACACUCCACUCCUCCUCUGCAGGGACAAUAGUUAGUUUUCUAUUACAGUGAGGGAAAAAAUUAUUUUAUCCCCUGCUGAUUUUGUACGUUUGUCCACUGACAAAGAAAUGAUCAGUCUAUCAUUUUAAUGGUAGGUUUAUUUGAACAGUGAGAGACAGAAUAACAAAACAAAAAUCCAGAAAAACGCAUGUCAAACAUGUUAUACAUUUAUUUGCAUUUUAUACAGGUAACAAACUCCCUUUAAGAGUGUGCUCCUAAUCUCAGCUCGUUACCUGUAUAAAAGACACCUGGGAGCCAGAAAUCUGUCUGAUUGAGAGGGGGUCAAAUACUUAUUUCUCUCAUUAAAAUGCAAAUCAAUUUAUAACAUUUUUGACAUGCGUUUUUCUGGAUUUUUGUUGUAUAAACCUACCAUUAAAAUUAUAGACUGAUCAUGUCUUCGUCAGUGGGCAAACGUACAAAAUCAGCAGGGGAUCAAAUACUUUUUUCCCUCACUGUAUAUUAAUGUGACCUAUAAACCCUUGCCAAAUAUGCAAUGGGACUGAUGCGUUGUUACAGUGAUGUACAAUCUACUAUUAAAAUUGAUCUUUUCAUUAACUAAAAUAUGUGCCUCUUUCCCCCCUCUCCUGUCUUUCUGUUCCCCUGCUCCAGGCGGACGGUCAGUGGCAGUGUGAGUGGCAGUAGUUACUCUGGCUCCAGCUCUCGCUCAAGAUCCCGCUCCUCCUCUGCAUCCAUCUCACCCUCCGGAUCCAAGAAGUCCAGGUAGAAAUAACAGAUCCUACUUCCACUACUGGGUAAAUGCAGUGGUGGAAAAAGUACCCACUUGUUAUACUUGAGUAAAAGUAAAGAUACCUUAAUAGAAGUAAAAGUGAAAGUCACCCAGUAAAAUACUACUUGAGUAAAAGUUUUUGGUUUUAAAUAUACUUAAGUAUCAAAAGUAAAUGUAAUUGCUAAAAUACAGUGGGGGAAAAAAGUAUUUAGUCAGCCACCAAUUGUGCAAGUUCUCCCACUUAAAAAGAUGAGAGAGGCCUGUCAUUUUCAUCAUAGGUACACGUCAACUAUGACAGACAAAUUGAGAAAAAUUUUUCCAGAAAAUCACAUUGUAGGAUUUUUAAUGAAUUUAUUUGCAAAUUAUGGUGGAAAAUAAGUAUUUGGUCACCUACAAACAAGCAGGAUUUCUGGCUCUCACAGACCUGUAACUUCUUCUUUAAGAGGCUCCUCUGUCCUCCACUCGUUACCUGUAUUAAUGGCACCUGUUUGAACUUGUUAUCCGUAUAAAAGACACCUGUCCACAACCUCAAACAGUCACACUCCAAACUCCACUAUGGCCAAGACCAAAGAGCUGUCAAAAGACACCAGAAACAAAAUUGUAGACCUGCACCAGGCUGGGAAGACUGAAUCUGCAAUAGGUAAGCAGCUUGGUUUGAAGAAAUCAACUGUGGGAGCAAUUAUUUGGAAAUGGAAGACAUACAAGACCACUGAUAAUCUCCCUCGAUCUGGGGCUCCACGCAAUAUCUCACCCUGUGGGGUCAAAAUGAUCACAAGAACGGUGAGCAAAAAUCCCAGAACCACAUGGGGGGACCUAGUAAAUGACCUGCAGAGAGCUGGGACCAAAGUAACAAAGCCUACCAUCAGUAACACACUACGCCGCCAGGGACUCAAAUCCUGCAGUGCCAGACGUGUCCACCUGCUUAAGCCAGUACAUGUCCAGGCCCGUCUGAAGUUUGCUAGAGUGCAUUUGGAUGAUCCAGAAGAGGAUUGGGAGAAUGUAAUAUGGUCAGAUGAAACCAAAAUAUAACUUUUUGGUAAAAACUCAACUCGUCGUGUUUGGAGGACAAAGAAUGCUGAGUUGCAUCCAAAGAACACCAUACCUACUGUGAAGCAUGGGGGUGGAAACAUCAUGCUUUGGGGCUGUUUUUCUGCAAAGGGACCAGGACGACUGAUCCGUGUAAAGGAAAGAAUGAAUGAGGCCAUGUAUCGUGAGAUUUUGAGUGAAAACCUCCUUCCAUCAGCAAGGGCAUUGAAGAUGAAACGUGGCUGGGUCUUUCAGCAUGACAAUGAUCCCAAACACACCGCCCGGGCAACGAAGGAGUGGCUUCGUAAGAAGCAUUUCAAGGUCCUGGAGUGGCAUAGCCAGUCUCCAGAUCUCAACCCCAUAGAAAAUCUUUGGAGGGAGUUGAAAGUCCGUGUUGCCCAGUGACAGCCCCAAAACAUCACUGCUCUAGAGGAGAUCUGCAUGGAGGAAUGGGCCAAAAUACCAGCAACAGUGUGUGAAAACCUUGUGAAGACUUACAGAAAACGUUUGACCUGUGUCAUUGCCAACAAAGGGUAUAUAACAAAGUAUUGAGAAACUUUUGUUAUUGACCAAAUACUUAUUUUCCACCAUAAUUUGCAAAUAAAUUCAUAAAAAAUCCUAUCAUUUUGAUUUUCUGGAUGUUCUUUUUCUCAUUUUGUCUGUCAUAGUUGACGUGUAGCUAUGAUGAAAAUAACAGGCCUCUCUCAUCUUUUUAAGUGGGAGAACUUGCACAAUUGGUGGCUGACUAAAUACUUGUUUCCCCCACUGUAUACUUAAGUAUCAAAAGUAAAAUUAUACAUCAUUUCAAAUUCCUUAUAUUAAGCAAACCAGAUGGCACCAUUGUUCUUUUUUAUUAUUUUUAUUUACGGAUAGCCAGGGGCACACUCCAACACUCAAACAUCAUUUACAAACGAAGCAUGUGUUUAGUGAGUAGGGAUGACCAGGGAUGUUCUCUUGAUAAGUGUGUGAAUUAGACAAUUUUCCUGUCCUGCUAAACAUUCCAAAUCUAACGAGUACUUUUGGGUGUCAGGGAAAAUGUAAAAAGUUCAUUAUUCUGUAGUAAAGUAAAAGUUAGAGUCAAAAAUAUAAAUAGUAAAGUACAGAUACCCCAAAAAACAACUUAAGUAGUACUUUCAAGUAUUUUUACUUAAGUACUUUACACCACUGGAUAUAUGAGCAUUGCACUGUCUAAUGUUACUGGUUUACACACACGAAUACAGAAUAUACUAGAACGUAACGUCUGAGGAAGUGAAGCUGAACGGGUAUUCCUUUGAGCAGGUAGUCUUAUCCACCCACAGCUUAAUUACUAGGAUAUUGGUAAUCCUCCAAAUCGACAAGAUAUGGAUAUGAUUGUUACUAGGUUUCUUUUCAUACCACACUGAACAAACUACAGCUGGCAAUUAUGGUGUUUUAGUAAAGCACUUUGAAACCGACAUGUAUUGAAUCCUUUCUCUCUUCUUGCUUCUCCUUUGCUAUUUAUCCACUGGUCAACUUCGUAGAAAAUCCAGGUACUACGUAAAUCUUAUCAGCCUUUUCUUUUCCCUGUAUACCUGCUUCUCUUCAUUAAUCUUAACUGUGAUUGGUUUCUUCCUCAUGUUGCCCCACCACUCACUCAUUUAUUACCCUCUGUCCUUGUGUGUUAUAAUCAUAACUUUUUUCUCAUCCUAAAAUAUAUAAAUUUUUACUGUAGUGUAUGAGUUAAACUACGUGUAAACAAUGUGUUUUUGUGACGCAGCACUGAGUCUCUUUCCCUGUGUCCUGUGUGGUCUCUGUGCAGGUCUCUGAGUGUGAGCAGUGUGUCUAGCGUGUCCUCGGCCUCCAGCAGCAGCUCUGUGAGGAGCGCUGACUCAGAUGACAUGUAUGCCGACCUGGCCAGCCCUGUGUCGUCAGCCAGCUCCCGCUCCCCAACCCCAGGACACCCCCAGGCCCGCAAGGAGAGGGGCCCGCCACGGGACAGGGGCCCCAACAAGGACAAAGGUAGCGGUUAGGCUUUUGUUAUAGACUCUGACUCACUCUGUAUUGUGUUUUGGUUGGUGUGACACAGCUAUAACAUAAUCUCAGCAUUUAGUGGUUGUUGGUGACAUACGUAGUGCUCUCCACACAGGGAAGCCCACUAAGAAAGAUGAGCCCCAUCCCCCCAGGGAGGACCGGAGAAAGAUGGAUCUAUCAGGUCUCCCUCCCAGAAACACUCACAGCCCCAUGCCCAGGUCUGGGCCUGGCAGCAGGGGACACGGUCUUGGCGGCCAUGGUCCUGGGGGCCACCCCAUGCACCCGCCGCACGGACCCCCCAUGGUUCCCCCUGGAGGUUACGGCCAGCACAAAGACAUCAAACUCACGCUCCUCAACAAGGUGACUAGUACUGGAUUUACUGUUGAAAGUCAACUGCUCUUACCCCAACCCAGGUAGACUAGUGAUGAGUCUUUGAAGUUCUCUGAAGAAUAUGUAGAUACGAGUUACACUAAUAUCACACCCUGUGACACUGAUGUCAUUAUGGGGUUUUAACUUUGGGGAAGGACAGUCAGUGUCUGACUUCCUCAUACUCUUGUGAUGUUAUCAGUGAGACUGAAUAACUAGAUGUAAUAAUAUUAAGCCUCUGUAUACAAUAAUUUUGGUUUUGCUUACAUUUACUCUCUGUAAACUGAUAUACAAACAUUUGAAUACCACCAUUGAAGAUGUGAUUUGAUCUCAAUUUAAUGUACUCCAUUUUGCAUUUGUUGCUUGUGCAAUAUCUGACUAAACAUGGCGCUCUCUUACUCUGUAGCAGCAGGCAGAGCGGGGUAACAGGAAGCGAUACAUGCCUUCAGACAAGGACAGGCCGACCUCUCCCCUCAGCAAGAGGAUAGCAAUGACUCCUGAGAGAGGUGAGGGCCUCAAACUGCCCAGAAAACUCCUAAGUCAGGGAUGAAUGUGUUCUUCCCAAGGAAAUCACACACAUAGACAUACACACACAAAUAUGUGGUUCAGUUAACCCAAAUGUGGAAAUCCAACACCAGAGAAACCUCACAAUAGGCUGCAUUCUUCAUGAUCUGUCUGUGUGUUGAACUUAGUCAUUAAUCUAAGGCCACAUGUCCCUGUUGUAUUCUUGGUAAUCAACUUCCCCUCAAUGUCCUGCAGGUCGUGGUGACAGGAGGAUGCCUGGGCGGCCCCCACUCUCUCCUAGAAUGGACCGGCCCAGAGGCCAGGGCCCUCGUCCCAUGCCCCCACUGGGAGAAAGGUAUGUGCUCUCUGUGCUGCUUCUCACCCCAGAAUAGACACACGACCCCAACCUGCCACCUAUUUGUUGGUGCUGCCCUUCUCCACUGCAGUAGUGAUGUCAUUUUAAGAUGUUAGAACAACAACAAUCCUUUGUUUUGAAUAUGAAACAAGUCAUGAAAGUGGAAUCCCAGAAGUAUAUGAUAUACACCAAUAAUACACAUGACCAUGCUGCCACACCAUGUAGAAAACUCACACAAUGUGAGCCACAUCUACAGGUAUCGUCUCUACCCAGGUAGAUUUAUCCCCAUGAUAACCCUUGUAAAUUGUCAUAGGCAUGUGGCACUAAACCCAACCUUGUGAUUUCCCUGUUUAGAAAACGUCCUUUGUCCCCACCACCCAAGUCGUCUGGGAAAGGUCCAGGGGGGUUGUCAUCGGGCUCAGGGAAGCCUGGCAGCACACUGUCCCGCCGUGAGGAGCUGCUGAAACAGCUCAAAGCUGUGGAGGACGCCAUCGCCCGCAAGAGGGCCAAGAUCCCUGGGAAAUAA